UUUGUUUCUUCUCUAAUCCCAACAGUCAUUCAUUCUCUUGCCACCAUCUUGUCCACCAUCACCUCCCCAAUGCUACAGACAGCAUCAAUAUAAAACUGAAUUACAAACUGAGAGUCUCAACAACGAUAACCACCUCGCCAUGAUGUCCGCCAGUCAUCUCCUCCCGGCCACGACGUCAUCCGCCGCCUUCUUCAGAGCCCUCGCCAUCGCCUCAACAGCACGAUCAUGUACUCAUACUCUGCGGACCUUCUCCUCGUGCAACUCACGGCGAGCAUCAUCGAAAAGGGAGCUAUAUACUGUUCCCUCGUAUCAGCCACACAGUCUUCCUCAAGACUUCCCGAUGCCGCCGCGAAACACCAACAUCCCCGACACUUCGAUAGCUGGACCUGAAUCCCAGUUGCUCGACUUCCCUCAGCCCAAAAAGACUCCCGAACAGUCCAAAUCUACAGAAGCUGCCAGCAUCAGUGUACCUGAGAAAGAGGCGCAAAAGUCGAAGCCUGUCGAAACGCCGAAGACCGAACAGCCCAAGUCGGCGAAGCCUCGGCGGAGCAAACUAAGACCGCGAAAGGCAGCUAUGACCAUAUCACCAGAUGCUUUAUAUCAUUUACGAGAGCUGCUUGAUCAGCCAAACCCAAAGAUGAUCCGGGUUGGAGUGAAGAAUAGAGGUUGCUCGGGCCUAGCAUAUCAUCUGGAAUAUGUUGACAAGCCCGCCGCCUUUGACGAAGUGGUGGAGCAAGAAGGCGUCAAGGUUUUGAUCGAUAGCAAAGCAUUGUUCAGCAUUAUCGGGAGCGAAAUGGAUUGGAAAGAGGACAAACUCAGCGCCAGAUUUGUCUUUACCAACCCCAACAUCACAGAACAGUGUGGAUGUGGAGAGUCAUUCAGCGUUUCAUGAUACAGUCAUAGCCUUGCAGCGUUUAAGCAGGCAGAUGAUAGAUGACGAUGGCAGCAAUACAGUCGUUGUGGACGUCUAUAACCAUUCAAUGGUGAACUAUUCAUUUGUUUCCAGAUCUUAUCGAUCCAAGCACGGCGCACUUCCUUCAGUACACGUCUUUCUCGUAAUCGAUCACUCUAACAUCGUCAAAUCUUGGACCGUUUUUCUUGAUAAAUGCUUGGUGGGCAGGAUCUUUGGAAACAUAGUAAUCUCGAUCUUCACUUGAUGCGAACUCGACUACAAAGCCAUGUGUCAGGCCUCCCUGGGGGGAAUGAUCAGUCAAAGCAGCGACAGCGAGAACAAAAAAGAUAACUUGGUAUCCGAGGAACUUGACUUACCUGAACACCUUCAGGACUGUUGUCGGCGCCGCCUGAUGAAGACACGAUAUAUGGUGUAUUUGAGGUUGGAUGGAUACAAGUGUUUUUCAAGCCCAGCAUAUCAUCACAGAACUGUGAUACAGGAGAAGUCAGUGUGGUAUUCUAUAGCCUCACGGUCCUCUACUUGCUUCAGACAGAGAAACACCUACCUCUUUCUUUUCCGAGUCACUCAAGGAAGACUUGAGUUUGAACAAGACAAUAUGAAUGAUGGACAUGUUGAUGAUCUUGUGUGAGUGAUUGAGACGAAAUGAGAAGAGGUGAGAGUGAUUGUCGGGGGCAAGAAUCUAUAUCUAAGGUAUCGUUGUAAUCACUAUACUCCGUACCUAGGAAUCUAUCUACAUGUACUGACACAGGC